AUGGCCUUCCCUCUCCCGCGGGGCAUCACGCCCCCGGAGAUCGCCUUUCUCGCUGAGAUGGAACAAGUUAACAUAGUGCCUCGCCAGAGAUUAGAAGGCCUGGAGCUUCUUGGGGGUCCCGUCGAACCUCUCCUGCCUCCCCGCCGCGCUACCCUCCCACUAUGGCUCGCCCUCCUCCUAAAACGCCAACGUCGCGCGAACAUCGUCCCACCUUCCUGGCUCCACCCAGAAGCCCUAUCCCUAAUCCUCGAAAUUGAAACACAACAUAGCGAUUACCAGAAUGCCUUCUCCCCACCACCUCCACUGCCAGGACAACCAAGUGUCCGAGAUCGAGAAACACAGCAAACGCCAGUAGCCAUGCCACGAUCUACACAAGACGGUGAGCGGUAUUACGCCUCCCCACCGUUUCUUCCGCAGAACGUUGCACGGGACUAUAUACCUCCUGGGGAACCGCCCUCAUUACCGUACCAUUGGUUGGAGGUUGGGAAUGUGUUGUUGGAUGCGGCGAGCGAUGAUUUGGUGGAUCCGGAUCAGACACGGCGGUUAUUAAAGGAGUUGCGGGAAGUGCGCAUGGCUAAAUUCCGGGCUGGUACAGAUGUCCUUGAUGCUGCUGCAAUAGGAGGAGGGGGGGUUGCAUUAACAGGGGUUGGCGCGAUGGAAAUUGGGGAGGGAAGAGGGUUUGUCACGGGGGUAGUGGAUGGGCUUAGGAAAAUCGGAGCGUCAAAGGAGCAAGCACGGAGAGAGCAAAUGGCCGAGGACAUGGCCAACGGCGGAUAUGGUGCUACCCAAGAAGACGACGACGAAAUGGAAUUUUGA